GUUUAGUUCAUCACUCACAUUUAGAAAACCAAACAAAUUAAAAAAAAUAUCUUUGAUUGAUCAGUAAUUAGAAUGGAAAACAGAAAUAGUGUACGAGAAUUUUAUAAAGCUAAAAACAUUUUUAUUACUGGCGCUACUGGAUUCAUUGGAAAAGCUCUUAUUGAGAAAUUGUUACGCAGUUGUCCAGAUAUUCAUAAUCUAUAUGCGCUAGUGAGGAACAAAAAAGGAAAAACUUUAAAGGAAAGGAGAGAGCAAUUAUUCUCCAAUCCAAUAUUUGAUUUGUUGAGAGACAAUCAGCCUGAAUUAUUUCGCAAAGUCUUAUUCAUACAAGGCGAUGUCGCUGAAGACAAUUUAGGUAUAUCCGGUGGUGAUAUGAAGAUGUUAAUAGAAAACGUUCACGUCGUAUUUCAUUGUGCUGCUUCGGUUAAAUUUGAUGAUUUUUUGAAAGAUGCAAUUCGGACAAAUUUAACAAGUGCAAGAGAUAUGGCAUUGUUGGCACUCAAAAUGAAGAAGUUGGAUGUAUUCGUUCAUGUUUCGACGGCUUAUUGCAGUAUUAGUGAAGGCAAAACAGUUCCAGAAGAGUUGAUUCCAGCAAUAGCUGACUGGAAAGAAACAAUCUACGUUGCUGAAAAAUGCGAUGAAAACUUACUAAACAUCUUAAGUCACAAAAUUGUUGGGAAGUAUCCGAAUACUUAUACAUAUACGAAACAUUUGGCAGAUCAUUGUAUAAAUGAAUUAUUAGGGUCCAAGAUUCCUACAGUAAUCGUGAAACCUACUAUAGUAACUAACUCAAUUAGCGAACCAAUGAUUGGCUGGGGCGAUAAUUUUAAUGGUCCAGUUGGUAUAAGUAUAGGAAAUGGUUUUGGAGUGCUUAGGAUAUUUAUGGCCGACUUAAACAUAUCUAUGGAUUAUGUUCCAAUAGAUACAGUAAUUAAAGCACUAAUAUUGGCCGGUAGAAACACGGCACAGUCACAGUCCGAAUCAUCUACAUCUGUGGACGUAAUUCAACCGAGCGCUUUCGGGUUCAAGAAGUAUUCAUUGAAAUUGUUUGCGCAACUAGGCCAACAAGUAGUGCAUAAAUACCCGUUAGACAUGCAAAUUUGGUACCCAAAUAUGACGUUUACUCAAAGUUGGAUUUAUUACUAUAUCAACGCAGUUUUAUUUCAUCUAGUACCGGCAAUAUGUAUUGAUUUACUUCUCAGAAUAUUUCGAUACAAACCAAUAUUAUUUAAAAUACAAAGAAAAAUUUUUAUAGCUAACUUAGCUGUAAGCUAUUUUACUACCCAUGAGUGGAAUUUUCUAAAUGACAAAGCGCUCCGUUUAUUUGAAUGUUUAGAGGACUCUGAAAAAGAAGAUUUCAAAUACAUAGUUGUGAAUGAUAAUGAACACGCGUAUCGGUAUCUAAAAGCGAGUCUCAAAACCACGAAAUGGCUCUUAUUGGGGCAAAGCAAAGGUACUAAAUCCUCCGCGUUCAAAAUAAAUAAAGGGUUCUAUUAUUUGGACAGGAUUUGUAAAGGAAUCUUUUAUAUAUGCGUAAUUUGGAUUGCCUUCUUCAAGUACAAUAUAAUAGCAGCUCUUUUGGGUGCUACUUCAAACAACUGGACAGGAUUAUAUUAAUAAAAAAACAAUAAUAUUAAUUGUAUCUAUUAAUGAUUAGUAUUAAAUAAAUACAAAAAUGUUAAGUGGCUAGUCUUUCUCUACAACUCUACAACAUAUUCAUGUUUUCAAAUACAGUAGAACUCGGUUAUAGCGAACCCGGGUUAUAACGAACGCUUGGUUUUAACGAACAAUUGAUAAAAUAGAAAUUAUCUUUCCAUAUACACGUGCUUUUUAUGGCUGGAUAUAACGAACACAUUUAUAGCGAACGAUCGGUUUAAACGAACUCUUUUAUCGGGAAAAAUCGCAGGUCGGAUCGGUUAUAGCGAACAAAUAUGCAUAUGUUUUACUGUCCUGACCAAUCACGUAGCAGUAAUAUCACGCCACCCACGGCAAUAAUAAAUCGUAGUCAAUUUUAGCGAUUAAGCGAAUUUCGGACGUUUAAGUCGUUGGUGUUUGGUAGUACAGACUUUGUAUCAAUCGAUGAAAAUGUAGUAACCACUAAACUUCCAAGCGAUAUUGAACUAAUGACGCCAGAGGCUGAAACCAUUGAUCUCGCCAUUGAUUCAGAAAAUGAAGAAGGAGAAGAUGAACCAAGUGAAGAAGUACCAACCGUUUCAAAAACUCUUCAUUCAAUGACUGCAGUUUCACAGUUCUUACACUAUUCUGGUGCCGAUUCUAGCGUAUUCAGUGCAUAUGAUAAAUUGUAUUCUUACAUAGAAAAACAAGCUUUUACUAAAAAUAAGGUUCGAAACAAAAUGACCGACUACUUUUUACCAAACAGUAAUUAGGUAAUGUUUAAAGUUUAGCAGGUUCUUUUGUACCUACAUUAGAAUACCUCUGAUACGUAUUUUUUAUAAUUUACAUACAUAUUACGUAUCAUGUAUUUAUGUAUUUACCUACAUACGUUAAUCUGCAUUUAUAUUUCUCAUUAUGUGUGCCGGUUUGUUUUUCGCAUUAUGAAUACAUAACUUCAUACAGUAUGUAUUUUCCUGCAUUUUUUAAUAUAUGAACUUAUGUAGCACAUAUGUAUACAUUUUUGAAAUACAGUUUUUUAUGAUGUUUA